CCUCAUUCUUUCUCUGCCACCCUUCCCCUCUCUCUUCCCAACACCAUAUAUAAUUAUUUUCUUCAAAUCUGUAGUUUCAUCAAUAUCUGGGUUUCUCUUUCUCUCCUCUGUUUUUUUCUUUUGCUUUUCGUUGGCUGGUAGUUGUUAUAACGAUGAUGGUGAAAGAUGAGUGGGUUCAGGCGGCCAUCAAUGACGACAACGUGGUGGUUGAGUUAUUGGUAAGGCUCAAGCAAGCCCAGGCGGCACCAUCGGCUCCUAAAUCUGCCUUGCCUGCACUUAAGUGGGGGAUUCGUCACCGGAGGUCUAGACCCAUGUUGUUACGCUGCUACGCCAAGAGAGACGGAGGUAGUCCCACCACGCCCUUUGUUGGAGUGGUGGUAGCAGCGACGCCUCUACUUCCGCCGCCGACGUCUUUGAAGAGACCGGUACUCAUCUCCUCCUCUCACCUCCUAUCGCGCCUUCCAGAUCCAAGGGCAGUUCUUCUAGUGAAACUUACAGAACAAGUACCAAGUGCUCAAGAAGAAAUAAGACAUUUGCUGGACUGGAGGAGGAGGAUAAUCUUCUUUUGAAGGAAAGGGUUCGUUUAGAAAAGGAGAUAGCAUCGACGCGUGCAACUCGUAAAGAGCAUCGAGCCGAACGAGAGCUCGAAAAGAAUCAGGCUUGGUUUGAACUCGAGUUUAACUGACGAUGAACCUGAGAUGGCACCUUGUCCGAGAGCACCGUCUUCUUUGGACUCGACCUUCGAUGACAACGAUGAUCGUGAACGAGUGUUAGAUUCUCACAAUGUAGGGAAGAGUAUUUUCGUACUGCCUGAUUUAAAUAUGAUGCCUGGUGAGGAAGAUUCUGGUCCUGAAAAUUAGUGACAGUGAGCAAGGCAAGUAACAAGAUUGAAACUCGACGAGGGUCGGUAGGUUUCCGAAAUUCGAUCCCCUCAUCGUCUCGUUUCAAAAUUUAUGUAAGACCGGGUUAAACUAAUUUCAUAAUUUUGGCCAAUGAAAUUCUUUAGAUUAUUUCUUAC